ACUGAAUACUGCAUAGGAAUACUGUUAGUUCAGGAAUCAACAGCUGAGUCAGUGAUUCUUAAUUGAUUUAAUUAUUGAUUCAAUGAAUUAUGCAGAAACAAAGUAAAUUGUGAAUAACAUAGCUAUGUCCUGUCCGAGUGGCCCAAGGGCUCCUCAUUCGUCGGGGGUGCCUUGCAACAGUGCCCUGUCAUUCGUUGCGUCUGCGCAGCGAGUUCAUGGACCGGAAAAUGACGCUUGCAAACCUCAAGAUGCCAAACAAUCUGAACAACUAGUACCAGUUGCGCCGGCUGGCUUGAAAGCAUUAUGUGAUGCUUGUUCCCAGCUGUAUCCAGACCAGCCUAACCCUCUGCAGGUCACGACCAGGCUCAAAUAUUGGUUGGGAGGACAAGAUCCUUUAGACUACAUCAGCAUGUACCGGAACCCAGGGAAACCGGAGGAAAAUAUACCACCACAUUGGCACUACAUAAGUUUCGGUCUGUCAGACCUUCACGGGGAUGGGAGGGUGCACCCCCCGCCGGACCGUGCGGCGCUGUCCGCGGGCGCGCCCCUGCCGUCUGGCUGCGGCAUCGAACUGACGUUCCGGCUCGCAGCUGACGGGGCAGAGCACCCCCCGCUGUGGCCGGCGGCUCUCUUGCAGGCCUUGGCCAGAUACGUGUUCACUACAGGUAACAAGCUGUGCGCCGGGGACCACAUAUCGUGGCAUCGUCCGCUGGACGGCGAGAGGUCCGGGGGCCGCAUGCGACACCUGCUGGUCGCGACAGAGCCGCAGCUGCGACACGCUCGCACGCCGCACGGCAUCGUCACCUUCCUACAGAUGGUGGGCUGCACCAGCAGAGAGCUGAGGGCGGCCCAGAGGAGCUCCGUCUCCGAGGUACUGAAACUCAUAGCGCAGGACCCGAGGUGCGGCGGGUGCUGGCUGGUGACGCGCAUGGAGCGGCGGGUGUCGGUGCGGGCGGGGGGCGGCGCGGGGGGCGCGCUGGCGCAGCUGGCCGGCGUCUCCUGCGACGUGCGCUGGGCCGCGUGGGAGGAUUCGACUGGUGAGUCGGUGGCCCGGGAGGAUGCACAGGGGCUCGCCCACCUGGAGACCACGGUCACCGGACACAUGUCCACGGACAGCUUCGGGAUGUCGAGCAUGGGAGAGGCGCUGGCGAAGCUCUCUGCCGAGGACCCCCCGGGGGAGGCGGUGCAGUACCUGGGCGGGGUCCACGUCGUCCUGAGCCCGGAAGGCGCCGCCCUGCUGCCCCUGGCCGUCGAGGGCCGCAUUCUACACGGAGCCCACUUCACGUGGCGCGGCGAGUCGGCGGCCGUCACGCUGGUGGCGCCCGGCGUGCACGGCUGCUUCGUGAGCACCGACGCGCCGCGCGCCGCCCGGGGCUCCUGGCUGCAGAUACUAGUGAACAAGAGCCUCGCCUCGGAUAUACUCGCCCAGCGGAGCACCCUCUGUGACGCCGCGCACUCCGACAGCGAGGAGGACGCGCCCGCCCCCGCCCCCGCCCCCGCGCCCUCCCGCACCGUGCGCUGGCCCGAGCACGGGCUGGCCAUCACCGUGCGCGCCUGACCCCCCAACCCCCCCGGCGGCCCCGGGGGGACGGAGGCGGCGCUCUGCUCUGAACUAUGUAUAAAGUAUAUAAUUGAUUGUAUAUAAUAUUAUAAAUAAGAAUGUAUUGGAUAAUAAAUUAACGUCACAGAGCCGCAGGAGGCGCCACAAGGCGCUGGGCUCCGUAGCCUGUUUUUUAUUCAAUUUAGA